UGAGCGGGAAAUUUCGUUGACGUUUUAUUUUAAACUCCCUUUUUAAUCGCAUAUUUGUGAAAAAGCUUACGACCUGCAUGCGCGUUCAUUCAUGCACGUAUAUGCCUUAUUUAUUAAUUUUCAAUUCAUUAAUUAAACAGAAUAUUCGAUGUGUGAACUUAUGUAUUUCAAGUAUUUGAAAAUUAAAAUUAUUAUUUAUUUGAAUAGUUCGCGAUGGAUUUGCGCCACGCGGCCUUGAUGCAUAGAUUAUAUCCCAAUCAGCUUAUUGGACCUUGAACUUGAUGCGGUAUAAACAGGAGGCACAUCGCACAUGUCGCCGAGAAUCUCUUGAAUUUCUCGAGAAAUAAUUCAACGAGUAUAGUGAAUGUCCUCUUGAAAAGCAAGUUUCUGUAUCCAUUGUUUCACGCCAAGACUAGAUUCUAGAUACCAUUUAUUAAAGCCUAUAGUAGAGUAUAGGUGUCAACUUGGAAUCAUUUUCAAGUUGAAAAACGCAAACCGGUUAACCUAGAAUUUUAUUGAAAUUAUUUCCAUUCAUUUCGAGCACACAAGUGACUGAUAUUUGCGAUAUACAGUGACAGUACAGUGCUGUUAGAUUCACAACCAUUUUAUCAAUUUUUUUAAUUAUAACAAAUUCAAUUCCUUAUCAAUAGGAGAAUUUGCAAUGAAUGAACUUGUACUUCCACCGUCUCCAAAUUGGUACUUGAGUAAUAUUCUUGCUUGUGCAAGUGAUGGCACUGUUGCUUGGGGGGCUAGGAAUUCCAUAGUGGUAGCUAAAGCAAAAGAAACUUGUAGUAAAAGCUUAGAAUUUUCCAUCAUAGACAGAGCUCACACGGACAGGGUUACGUGCCUGUCAUUUUCUCCCAAGCAUAAUGAAGCUGGUUUUCAUCGUCUAGUUUCUAGUGGAGAUGACAAUAUCGUUAAAAUAUGGAGCUUACAAGACUUGAACCUGGAAAUGAAAAACUCCACACUGACUAGUCAAAAAGUAAUUGGAGUAGAUUGGUCUAAACAUAAUCCAAAUCUAGUAUGCUUUGUGAGUGAAGAUGGCUUAUUGGUAACGUGGAAUAUAAGUUAUGAUGCCAGCCAAACGAUAACUCUUGGAGGAAAACUUGCCGCUACAUGUCUAGCUUGUUGUCCACAUGAUUCUAAUCUGGUGGCACUUGGAUUUAAAAGUGGCCUAGUAUAUCUAGUUGACUUGCGAGGAUCGGGUUCUGUAACUUGGCAAAUGAGGGGUCAUAAUGUAGAGAUUACAAGCUUGUCCUGGUGUCCUGCACCUGUCAACAUUUUUGAAAGUAAAGAAACCAAAGAGUUUCUAUUAGCAUCUGGUGCUAAAGAUAGAGAUAUAUUUUUAUGGAAGACUGAUGGACGUUAUCAAACACAGAUAACAUUGCCAGUAGCACCUUUAGAUUCAAGUAGUCAUAAAUGUAAAGUCAGUGCCUCAGCAGCAAGUCAUACUGCAGUAUGUUGGUUGGAGCCAACUGUUCUUCUCACAAGUUCACCAUGGGGAGAGCUGCUAAUGUGGGAUUUAAAUGCAAGUACCAAGAAAAAAUUCACUCCAAAAUUAAUCCAUGCCAAGCAUGGCAGAGGAUUAUUUUCCAUUACUGGUUUAGCUGUUGAACCACCUCAAGACAAGGAAAGUGAAAAUUGGAGAUCCAAAACUAAUAUCCAAGCAAUUUGGACUCUAGCACAAGACAGACAAGUAGUUUGUUGCAGUAUUUUAGACAGUGAAACUUGCAUAGAAUAUACAAUACCAACUCAGGGUGGCUUUGUAUACUGUAUGUCAGCUUGCCCUGUGGAUACAUCUCAGAUUGCUUUUGGAGUUGGUGAUGCCAUGAUACGUUUGUGGAAUUUGUCAGAGCCUCAUGAAACCACAAUACAAGUCCAAAUGUUAUGGGAAAAGAUCAUGGGAAAAGUCAGAGCAUUAUCUUGGCAUCCUGAAAAAGAAAAUUUAUUAGCAUUUGCGACAAAUGAAGGACGGGUCGGUACGUUUGACACGAAUUCCAGGAAGCCUCCUAUUUUAUUAAGACAAUAUCACAGACGCAUUAUUUAUUCUAUCGGUUGGGGUCCAGCUCCAAAUGUCAAGGAAUAUGCUCUCUACACAUGUGGCGAUGGCGAAUUGGUUUACUACAACCUUGAAAAGCUCAAUGACAAUCCAGUACCAGUCGUCAAGAAAAAGGACUGCACAGAAUUUUGCUGGAAACCAGAUUAUUCAUUGUUGGCAUUGGGUUUUGGAGAUGGAUCAAUCUCAUUUUUAAAUCGCGACUUGAAAGAGUAUGGCAGUACAAUUAAUUUACUACACAAGGCAAUCCAAUGUUUAACUUGGCAUCCAGAAAGUACCUCAUCAGAUUUAAACAUUUCAGCUAUGCAAAACUAUCUAGCAGUAGCAAUAAAUGGUAGUGCAAUUAAUAUUUUUGAUAUUUUGACAUGUGAUCCUGAAGAAAACAAAUCAGAUCAAUCAUCUUUUUAUAGAACUGUUGCUACAUUAAAUGGCCAUAGUGAAAAAGUGGUGUGUUUAUCUUGGAGUCCUCAUAUUAGUGGGUAUUUGGUAUCUGGAAGUUAUGAUAAUACUGCUAAAGUUUGGAAAAUCGAAACGCAACAAGUUAUUGCUACUUAUGCAUCUCAUUUAAGACCAAUUCAAUGUUGCAUGUGGAGUCCAUUUAAUCAAGAUUUGAUAAUCACUGGUUCAGCUGAUUCUACUCUACGCAUAUGGAGUAUUUCUAAUCAAACCGUAGCAAUUCCAGCGUCUUCGGUAAUAAAACCUGCAAGAGGUAAACGCACAAAAAAGAAAAAAACUAAGGAAGCAAUCAUUACUAACAAUGCCAAUGAAUCAGAAUCAAAACAAGUCAAUGGCGAAUCUAUCGUUAUAGCCGAAAAUAAACAAGAAACAGUGAAUCCAGAGCCUAUCAAAAAGAAAAAACAAAAAAAAAUUACGCAUUUUCCUGGUUAUUCUGAAAUUUUAAACGACAGUAAUCUUUGGUACCAGUCAGUUAGAAAGCUUUUACAUAUUUUAAAAUUUACAAGAUGCACACAAGAUGUACAAGUCCCUGUGUUACUUGGCAGCAAAACAAAUCUCGAAGAAGCUUUAAAUCAUGAAAAAAAAAUUCUUGAGUCAAAUGGACAAUAUAAUGCUGUUACUGAGAUCAAUCUUUGGAGUGGGAAUUUAAAGGAAAAUUUGGAAGAAGCUAUGAAAAGUAAUCGUUUGAAUGAUUACUUGGUAUCAUUGGCAUUCAUUGAGCCUAGCAUAACGAUCGAGACGCGAGAAAAAGUGAUCCAAGCUUAUGUUAAUCAAUUAAUUUUCCAAGAUAAUCCACACAAAGCAGUAUCUUAUCUCCUAUGUAUAAAUAAAGUUCACGAGGCUGUCGACGUUCUAAUGGCAUCGAAAAUAUACAAAGAAGCGUACGCUCUUGCAACUUUGAAACUGGAGGCAAAUGAUCCUCUGAUUAACAGUAUUCUUGAGGAAUGGGCAAAUAAUGCUGUAAAAAACGGAAAUUUUGAAAGUGCAGCGGAAUGUUACAUAAUGCUAGGAGAAUAUGUAAAAGCUGCCAAGACUUUAGAACGACGAAGGGACAUUGACAGUUUGAUUUUAGCGAUAGAACUCGCCGAAAUAGCGAGAGACGUUGAUUUAAUCACAUCAGUAGCGGAUAAAGCAAUACUAGAAGCUUUAUUUAAUUCUGAAUUUGCAACUGCUAAAUCUAUUAUAGAAAAUCAUCCUCAAAUGCAGUUUCGUGAAAUUGAAGUACAAGUAUUCACUGUGUUGAGUGAAAUUUUAGCGAGUACUAGUGAUGAAAUUAUUUUUGAUUGGUUGAAAGGUUUAUCCAGUAGUGCUUUACUGGAAACUCUUGAAAAUCGCUUUGCUAAAUGUCCGAACAAGUAUUUAUUUUUACUUGAAAAAGACGUCUAUCCUCUGACGGAUUCGCAGAACGAGAAAAUGGUACAAAUUAGGGCGAGUCAUCAAAUAGCACUUGCAAUAUUAUCCGAUAAUCAAAAGCAACAGUUACAACACAUUGUCAAGGCGUGCGACGUGAUAUCCCAGUAUGAAAAAUCCAGUUCAAGCAAAUCACUACUUGCAAAGUAUCUUGUUUCAUUGGAAAAGAAAAAUUGGACAGAUUCGUCUAGUAUCUUGAAUACUAGUGAAAACGGUGUUUCAUCAAGUUUGCGUGCAUACUUGUGUCAUGCCAUUAUAAAAUGGUUUAAUGAGAAUUCAUUAAAAUUAAAAGACGAGCAGAUUUGCGAGUCCGCAAACCUGAUUGUAUCAAUUUUAGAGAAUUGCGUGCAAGAUCUUUUGAGCAAGCAAGCUGUUGAAUUUUGGAAUACAACUAACGAAAUCAAUAAACUAGAGGCUCAAUUAUCUUUAGAAGUUGGGCAAGUACCAAGCAGUGCGACAUUGAUAGAACAAUUGGAUCAACUGAAAAAGGCGAAAAACAAAUUUCUCGACGAACGCAUUUCGGCACCAAAUCCGUUAUCUAGUCACCACGACAUAAUGGAAUUCCUUAGUCAAGUUCCGGAUAAACAAGCGUGUCAGAAAAUCACGCAACUUGUUAUGGCUACUUCAAAAACGCUGUUUGCUUGAAAUAUGGAUAUUUGUUACACUUAUCAAAUAAUAAAAUUUAUUUUUAUAA